AUGUCGUCUAAUGGUUCAUUAAGCCUCCCAGAUGCUCCCCCAGAUUCUCCUGGGAGUUCGGUGUCCACUAGACUUAUGGAGGAGUAUGAGGAACUUUUGAAAUAUGCGGUUGUUGUCCCAAGCUAUAACAUAAAUAAAUUGCCUCACACCCUGGUCGACCAUCGUGACUCCUUUCCACAGCCUGAGACCCUGGUCACUGUUACCAGGCAACCAAAAGUGCUUACAUCAGAGGCUGAGCCUAGGGGAGAGGCUGGAUCAGAUGCCGAGUCUGAAGCAAGUCUGGUUGUCAAGGUAACAAGGGAGACAGGUCUGCCAGAUUUUGGUCAGAGUCCUAUACAACGUAAACUAGACCUCAGGGACAGUGACUCCGCUCAUACACAGGAGGAGGAGUUGGAGAAAGUUCCUGGUCGUCUGUUUACUGCAUCUGCCAAGGAUGUAAUGCAUGAGGUAAAUAUGUCAGACUUGGAGGACAGGGAAAUCUUCACCUCAUCCGUCGACCCUGACGUCAACAAGAUGGAGAAUCUUCUGGACCAGUGGUGUCUCGACUUGAAGAGAAACGUCCUGGCAGAAUAUGGGCAGUCGAAGAUAAGAAUUGUAGAGCUGAGACGACAACAAAUGCUCCGUGCACAAGAGAAACAUGCGAGUGAGAUGACUGCCCUUCAGAACGAGGUUGAGAGCAUGAAGGAGUUGUUGCACACCUACGAACAGUCAAUAUCACGUAAAGAUCAGGUGAUCUCCAACAUGACACAUGCCCUUCAGAAACAACGGGAACGCCAUGACUUGCUGAAAAAGUUCAGUGAAUGGAAGAUUAAACAUAAUGACCUGAAACGAGAGAAAUUUGCCAGCCAAUUGGCUGCUAAGCACCAUGAAAGAAAGCUUACCCGCAAUGUUUGGGAUGCCUGGCACUCUGUGAUCGAGUCCAAAUGGCGUAACCGUGUGGAACGCGCUUGUCAGAGUAAAGCUCAAGAAGUCUGUAUGUCCCUAACUAACAACUACGAGGCAAAGAUAGCAUCGCUGAAUGAAGCCCUCGAAGCAUCCAGAAUGGAAGUGUCCAAACUUCACACUGAGAGAGAUAAUUACGAGGAAGGCAUGAAGAAGGCAUUCAUGAGAGGUGUAUGUGCACUCAAUCUAGAGGCCAUGACUAUGUUUCAGUCAGGAGAAAACCCUCAGCCAGGUGCUGAAGACCAAGCCUACUCUGACAACCUGGAGUCCAGUAUCCCAGAAAAAGAUAUGAGCGCACCAAAAACCAUUCCUCAGGAGGCUGUGUACCAGUCCCAGCAGAGGUCCCAACAACCUCCUGCCAAAGUCAUCACUAGUCAGGCCACAAGGUCAUCUACCCUGUCUAGUAUGGCUCAGUCUAAACAGGCAGCCAGUGGUAAGGUGUCUGGGGCACACAAAGGGAAGGUGAUUUCUGCACGCAUGACAGCAAAGGUUGACUCUGGCCGCUCAGGUCUUGGAGGACCUUCAGGAACGACAGUAGCGCCACCUAUGAGCUCAGUUAUUGUAGAGCGACAUCAAUCUGUUAAUAAGCAGACUAUUGGCCAAGCCACAGCGUCUCGUCAUCCUGCAAAAUCUCCUGUAGCAUUAUCAGAUUACCAACAAAGUGGGAUACUACACCGGCGAAUCGCAGGCCAAACAGGCAGCCUAUCCGUCUCACCACACAUACAGACUGUCAAGGUCGUAGACUAGUGUCAAGGUCACAUCCUAGAGUCAAGGUCACAUACUAGAGUCAAGGUCACAUACUAGUG